GAAACGCACCCGGGGAUAGUGAGAAUGAAGGCCCUAGCCAGGAGCUACGUGUGGUGGCCGGGAAUGGACGGGGAGAUAGAAAACUGGGUCCGGAGAUGCAGCGCCUGCCAAGAGUCGCGGCCGGACCCACCCAGCGCCCCGGUUACUCGGUGGGAAACCACAAGGAAACCAUGGUCUCGGCUCCACAUUGACUUCGCGGGGCCAUUCCAGGGGCAGACCCUCAUAAUCAUAGUGGACGCCUACACUAAAUGGUUAGAGGUCAUCCCCGUGGCAUCCACCUCCACUGCAGCCGCCAUCCGGGCCCUGCGCAGGGUCCUGUGCACCCACGGCAUCCCAGGCACCCUAGUCUCGAACAACGGGGCAGCCUUCACCUCGGGGGAGUUCCAGGCGUUCCUCCAGAGGUACCUCAUCAGGCACAUCAGGUCUGCCCCCUUCCACCCGGCCACCAACGGCCAGGCAGAGCGGAUGGUCCGCACGACCAAAGAGGCCCUGGGGAGAAUUGUGCAGGGCGAUUGGGAACACAGGCUAGCCGCGUUCCUCUUUGACAACCGGGUCAUCCCAAACCCAGUCACCGGGGUCAGCCCAGCUGAGCUACUCAUGGGGCGAAAGCUCACCACAAGGCUGGACCGUCUACACCCCGACCGAGCCUCUGACGUGCAAGGGUCCCCA